AUUAUCACGGAUGACAAGUGGGUGAUCAUGGACAAGACUAUGGAUCUGCCCGACGAAGCUGUUCUGGGUGGCAUCGACUCUGAUGGUUACUACAACUACGUGGGACGCGUGGUAUACACCAGUAGUAUUCUGCCCGCCCGAGUGGUUCCUGAACUGGGAAAGGCCACCUACAACACGGACACUUUGGGUAACGAUGCCACAACCUUCGAGGUCCUGGUAUCCAACGCCACUGUCAGCUACCACUGGAAACGCAGUUUCGACGGCUACCGGGAGAAGAAUGCCGUUUCCGUGGGAACCAACGCCACCAACGAUCGUGUCUUCAUCUGUCGUGUCCGGUGCGAUGAUGCUGUCUUCAUUGGAACCCUCUACCUGGCUAAGCGAGUGUGCAUCGUCAAGUACGUGAACCUACCGCUCCGCCAGUUCGACAAAUACGAAAUCCUCGUUCGGGAACGUCAUGUGGAUCCAUUUUCUCCUUAUGUAGAUGAUUACAUCGGGCACUUAUAA